AUGUCCCGGUACAGUGAUCGUAGCGUUACCACAUGUCGGAGUUGCAGACGUCGAAAGCUGAAAUGUGAUCGAGGACGACCAGUCUGCGCGAGGUGCAGAGAAACGAGCUCCCUGUGCAUAUACGAGGAGAAGCCUGGCAGAGUUACAACAGAGUACCGCUUCGUAGAUCAGACGCCCGCAGCUUCUGGAGCCGCAGAUGCAGUCGAAAGAGGUGCGCGCUCUGAAUGCGAAUUACUGCGAAAGAUUCAAGCGCUGCUUGAGCGGUUGCGAACGACCACGGAGAUGCUGUUGCCGCAGAGGUCGCUCGGUGCUGCGGAGACUGAGAUUGGAAGCAAUACCCCGAAUUCUUCCAAUGCUGCUAGACAACGAUCGGCACACCGAAGACUCCUUUGGACAUCCUUGAGAGAGGAUGCGUCUGAGCUGCACAGCACUCUCAGCGCGGGUCACCAGACUUCACGCCGAUCUAGUGCAUCGCUAUCGAUGGGUGCGGAGCAGGGCAGGACAUCUUCCAAUAACGAAGCUGGGUCGCACGAGAGCAGGACAGAUCAGCGCAUAGACUUGAGCGCAGCCGACUGGGGAGGACUCGAAGAAUUCUUCCCAGAGCUGCAGCAUUCGGAUCGUCCUCAAAGGUCCGCAUAUUCAGAAGAGUGUUGA